UUUUUGAUUGCCCUAUCCAAUCAGGAAUAGGCCCAUAAACCAUUUACAAAGUCCAGUCCGAAUGGGUAAUCGCUGACUUCACCGGCAAGUCCGCUGGUGGUUUUCCUAUUACAAAAGGAAAAGAAAACACAAGCUAUGUGGAAAAGUACUGACGAGGUUUGAGGUUAAACCUUAGAACCCUAACAGAGCAAAUUAUCGUACGAAGGUCAUGGAAAUGCAAAACGAUUUCGAUAGGCUCCUAUUCUUCGAGCACGCUCGAAAGACUGCUGAAACCACCUAUGCUAAAGAUCCUCUGGAUGCUGAGAACUUGACGAGAUGGGGAGGUGCAUUGUUGGAAUUAUCACAGUUCCAGUCCGUCACCGAAUCAAAGAAGAUGAUUUCUGGUAUUGUGCUUAUUACUAGUAUUGUAAUCCCUGCUAAAAGGUUUUCCUAGAAUUGGCUAUUGGACAAUGUCCGCCCAUUUCUAGAAUUCACUCAGAGUUAUUGGGCUUUUAAUUUAAUUAAUUCUUGUUAAAAAUCACCCCAAAACCCCUUAAUUAAUGAAUGCGAAGUAUCCUAAGGCCUAUAUAAACACCGUAAUUUGCGCCCACUUCUAAUUGUCCACACAUACCGAUAUCUAUCCACUAGUAUAGGUAUUUGG